AGCAGUUAGCGGCGAAAUCCACACAUCUUCACAUUGAUGGCGAAUGGAUGCAAGGACGCGUUGUUCACACGCGGAACUGGACAGGUUAGUUACGAUGCACCGAUGGGCCUGAGAGGACAACACGUAAACCUCCGUAGGCCGCUGUGGAGAGAUGGUUGAGCUACGGAACUUAGCUACAAAACCAGCGCCGAGUUCGGCUAAGUUGGGUAACAAAGAGAAAAAGGACAGAAAAAAAAAAACUCAACAAGGAAUCCAUAUUGUACCUGAUAUUACCUUAUUGUAAUACAACGUGUUGGUCAGACAUCACGUUGAAUAGUUUUAGCUGCACAGAGAUGUUGCACUUACUGAAGCAUCCUUCCCACAGUGCAGCGUGGGAAGCGAAGAGUGAUGAUUCGGAUAUCUGGGAUGACACUGCGUUGAUAAAGGCAUAUGACAAGGCAGUCGCAUCAUUUAAGACUGCCCUGAAGGGUGACGAUGAGCCGCAAGCCUCCAAGAAAAACCAACCAGGAAAAAAACGCAAGAACAACAAAAAGAACCAGAGCAGGAAGCGAACAAAUGCACCACUGGAUAGAGAGUGGCAGGUUGGAGACUCGUGCAGUGCGUACUGGUCAGAGGAUGGCCAGCUCUAUGCAGCCACCAUCUCCUCCAUAGACGAGAAGAGGGGCACCUGUGUAGUUGUUUUUACAGGAUACGGCAAUGAGGAGGAGCACAACCUUGACGAAUUGCUUAUGGAUAUUUCUGAGGGUGAUGAGGAAACAAAUACCAAGGUAAAUGAGGCAGAAUCGUCAACAGAGGAGAGUGACAGGUCAACCACAUCAAACCAGCACAAACAACAGCCACACAGUAAACCCCAAAAGUCCAAGGCCCACAAAGAACCUCCUCCUAUGUGGGCUCCUGGUUUCCCCGGGUUUCCUCCAGGUCCACCUCCCAUGCAUUCUUCCAGACAGGGGGGAAGCAGACGAUCUGGUGGUCAUGGGCCUGUACCUCCUUCCUGGCCUCCCAUGAUGCCUUUUGGUCCACCAAUGAUCCCUCCACCUCCACCAAUGAGCCCUGACAUGGUCGAUGACGAGGCCUUGGGCAGCGUGCUCAUCUCCUGGUACAUGAGUGGAUAUCACACAGGAUACUACUUGGGGUUGAAACAAGGACGCAAAGAAGCUGCCAACUGGACAAAACUGCACCACAAAUGAAAUGAUCAACUCGAGAUUUUAGUUUCAUUUACUCAGGGCAUCACCUGGAACAGCCACCCUCCCCGUCGUGUCUGAUGUGUGUCCUCCUUGAUUCAAAAGGAAGUGUUAAAAAUUAAAUGUACAGCCUGUGAACAGGGCGUUCAAGGAGAAGAGUUUUGUAUUCUUUGUAAAUAUAUUAAAUAAAGGGUAUCAGAGCACAGUUGAUAA